AUGACAAUUAAAGCUAAUCCUAUUUAUAUAUCCUCAAAAAAGGAAGCUGAAACUUUUAUAAGCAAAUUUGAUAAUUUUUUAUUAGAUUGUGAUGGUGUUAUAUGGUUGGCAGAGAAUUUAAUUAAGGGUGUGCCUCAAUUUUUAGAUUAUUUGAUUGAAAAUAAUAAACAAUUUGCAUUUGUGACGAAUAAUUCUUCUAAAUCAAGGGAUUCAUAUAUUGAAAAAUUCAAAAAUUUAGGUAUCAAAAUUCAAAUUCCUAAAAAUAGGAUUUAUACAACAAGUUUUUCAGCUGUUUUAGAAUUAAAAACAUUGAAUAUUCAUCCUGGAUCAAAAAUUUGGGUUUUAGGAGAUGAAGGUAUCGAAGAUGAAUUAAAAGAUCAAGGAUAUAUUCCAUUAGGUGGUUCAAAUAGCUUAUUAGACAAAUCUUUUGAUCCUGAAAAUCCAUUAUUCACAAUUGAUGAUGAAGUCAAAGCUAUUAUAGUUGGAUCAACAAAUGAAUUUAAUUUUAUGAGAAUUUCAACAACUUUACAAUAUUUAAUGUUUAAAAAUAAAUCAUUACCAUUUAUUGGAAUAAAUUCCGAUAGAUUUUAUAAUGGUCCCAAUAAUCUAUUCUUACCAGCAGCAGGUUCAAUUUGUGAAAUAGCUUCAUAUUCAAGUAAUCGAAAAUAUAUCAACGUUGGGAAACCAAGUUCUGUUUUUGCUAGAGAAAUAUUAAGGGACACAGGAUUUAAUAAACACAAAACAGUAAUGAUUGGCGAUACAAUGAGCUCUGACAUUAGAUUUGGUAAUUAUAGUCAUUUAGGUGAUGGUCAAGGUACGUUAUUGGUUUUGUCAGGAGUUACUAAAUUUGAUCAUUUGAAGACGGUUCUAGAUAAUCCAAAUCAAUUUGAUGAUGUAGAAAGUUUAAUUCCUCGAUUUUAUACUGACUCUUUAACCAAAUUGAUUACUUUAUUGACAGAAACAGAAUAA